UUCAGUUUCGAAUCCCUCGAUCUGCAGACUGCAGUUCCUUCGAAGCCAUGGCAAAGGAGGAAUGGAGCAUCGCCGACUUCGAGAUCGGGAAGUUCCUCGGAGAAGGCAGAUACGGCAAGGUCUAUCUCGCAAGGGAGAAGCAGAGUGGGUACGUGGUCGCCCUCAAGGUGAUCUUCAAGGCGAAGCUGGAGAAGUACCAAUCGCACGCCAAAAUCCGGCGCGAAAUUGAGAUCCAACACAGCUUGAACCAUUCUAACGUCCUGCGUCUCUAUGCCUGGUUCCAUGACGAGACCCGUGUCUUCCUGGUCUUGGAGUACGCAGCUCGCGGCGAGCUCUACGAGCUCCUCAGUAGCCUGCACCGUUUCUCUGAGAAGAGAGCGGCCACGUAUAUAGCGAGCUUAGCCGAAGCUCUGACGUAUUGCCACGGGAAGCAUGUGAUCCACAGGGACAUCAAACCCGAGAAUCUGCUGCUGGAUAUUGAGGGUCGCCUUAAAAUAGCAGAUUUUGGAUCAGCUGUGAAAUCAAUUUCUAAAAGGCAAACCCUGUGUGGCACCACUGACUACCUUGCCCCAGAAGUGGUAGAGAACAAAGAACAUGAUCAUGCUGUCGAUAAUUGGACUGUGGGAAUUCUUUGUUAUGAGUUCCUUUAUGGUAUUCCACCAUUUACAGAUGAAGAUGAGCAAGUCACAUUCCGGAGGUUUUGUUUUAAUUUUCUCAAUAAUACUAAAACAAAGAGAGAACUCAUGUUCCUGGUCACUUGUGCAAAUGUUAUUCUGUGUGAAUUUUCAAGCAGGAUAAUGAACGUUGACCUGAAGUUUCCAUCAAAGCCUGAAGUAUCUGCUGAGGCCAAGGAUUUCAUCAGCAAGCUCCUCAUAAAAGACUCAUCAAAGAGGCUCUCUAUUCAAGAAAUCCUGAUGCAUCCUUGGAUCGUGCAAAAUGCUGAUCCUUCAGGUAAGUUGCAAGUUUAGUACAGUGAUAGAACGUUGGUUCAUGGAAUGAAAUUCACAGGAAAUAAAAUAACUGCUCUUGGCAAUGAAA